AUUGUAUUUCAGCUCCCCUUGCUUCGUUCUUCAAAUGCCGUCAUCCGCCAACUUACCAUCCACUCGAGCACUCCUGACUCCUGCAGCAGCUGCUGAGCAGCAGUACUCCUCAAUCUCUCCUCCUCUCCUCUGACUCCUGCCCUGCCCUGCACUGCCCUCAGCUCCCCUCAGCUCCCCUCAGCUCGAGCGGAACUCCCUUCCCACAUUCCCGAUACAACUGCUGCACUCCCCGUCUCACGACUUGGCUCGUGUUAAUUCAGGAGAAGUCAGGCAGUCGCACACUCUCACUCUUCCACCUCUCCACCUCUCUCUCUCUCCCUCCCUACUUCCCUCCCUCCCCUCCUCCACAUCUUCGAGCUAGAAGCACGACCUCCAGCGCCAGUCAGGUGAGAGGACGACUCACCUGGUGGACAGACAGACAAAAGAGGCAGCCAGCCCAACACUCUCUUCGGCAUUGUGCUCCUUCUCACGUAAGGCUUCGGAUCUUCAGAAUGGGCGCCGAGGAGGUUGCAGUAGCUGCGGCCCCAGCUUCAGUCGAUGUCGCAGCUGCUCCCUUGAAGGCCCUUUCUCUCGAGCCCUCUGCUCCAGUGAAGGCCCCUGCCACUGCCACUGCUCCAGCUCCAGCUCCAGCUCCAGCACCAUCGCAAGCUGCAGCUGCGAAGGUGGCGGAUGCGUCGAGCGACAGGUUCGACAUUACCACAGGGAAGGCGGAGUACAUUCUGCCUCGGGAACAGAUAGAGCCACAGACUUACUAUCUCAGCAACCUCGAUCAAAAUGUGGCCAUGCUCGUGAAGACCGUGUACCUGUUCGAGGCGAAGCCUGAGAAGAAGGAGGAUGUGAGCGAGGUGCUCAAGACGUCUCUGGCCCAGGUGCUCGACACCUACUGGCCUCUGGCCGGUCGCCUGGCGCUCAGCCCCGAGAUGAAGCUGAUCGUGAAUUACAACAACGACGGCGUCUGCUUCGUGGAGGCCAUCGCCAACGCCGACUUGGCGGACUUGGGCGACAUCGGCAAGCCCGACGACCGCCUCGCGCAGCUGCUGUACGAAGUUCCCGGCGCCACCAACAUCUUGGACACCCCACUCGUGGUCGUUCAGGUGACAAAGUUCAAAUGCGGAGGAUGGUCGCUGGGGCUGAGCAUGCAGCACUCGAUGUUCGAUGGAAUUGCGGCGAACGAGUUCAUCAAGGCGUGGGGCGAGGUGGCGCAGGGGAAGAGCAUGACGAUCAGCCCGGUGUUCGACCGCACUCUGCUGCAGGCGAGGACGCCGGCGAAAAUCGAGUUCCCGCACCACGAGUUCGCGGAAAUUGAGGACCUCUCGCCCGACAAUCGCCUCGACACGAGCGAGAACAUUGUGCACAAGUCGUUCACCUUCAGCCCCGAGGCCGUGGACGAGCUGAAGCGCAGGGUGGCGGCCGAGGCCGAGGAGGGGGUCGAGGGGCGGAAGUGCACCACCUUCGAGGCGCUGUCGGGGCUGGUCUGGCGGGCGCGGACGCGCGCGCUGCAGAUGGAGCCGCGCCAGAAGACGCGGCUCUACUUCGCCGUGAACGGGCGCGAGAAAUUCGUGCCUCCGAUUCCGGCGGGUUACGUCGGCAACGCCAUCGUGCUCACCUUCUGCAUGACGGAGGCGGCGGACCUCGUCGACCGGCCGCUCGCACAUUCCGUCCGGCUCGUGCAGGACGCCAUCCGGCUCAUCGACGACGGCUACAUGCGAUCGGCCAUCGACUUCUUCGAGAUGACGCGUGCGCGCCCCGCGCUCACCGCCAGCGUGUGCAUCACCACCUGGUCCCGGCUGCCCUUCCACGUCACGGACUUCGGCUGGGGCGAGCCCGUGCAGACCGGCCCCGUCACCCUGCCCGACAAGGAGGUUAUACUCUUCCUCUCGCACGGCUCGCAGCGCAAGAGCAUCAACGUCCUGCUCGGCCUCCCUGCCCCCGUCAUGGAGCGCUUCGAGCAGGCCAUCAAGCUGUGAAUUCCUCUCCGCCAGCGCGUAUAUAUCCCGCGACUGAGCACGUCGCAUAGCUUACCUCCCUCCCCCAUCGAGCAUGCAAUGCCCCCCUCCUGAUGAUGCGUUUGUUAUAUAUUGGCUGGAUGUUGUCCCGCUCGGAGCUGCCUGGACGUGGAGUGCAGAGGAAUCGAGUCGAUCCCACGGGGACUGGAGAAGGAGGAGGAGGAGGAGCGACGAGCGACGAAUGAUGGUAGCACCACAAAGUCAUCUACCUAAAGCGUUUGAAUCUGUGUAAAUAUUAUUGGACUUUAUGCAGAGGAAGGAGGGUGGGAGGGAUGGAGAGAGGGCCAGGGCCGUAAUUUUAAUGGGGGCUGGGGUUCUGGGAAGAUCGACGGAGUUCCCCGCUGCUCUUGAGGGCUCUGCUUGCAGGAUGUAGAGUUCUCGUGCCUCCGAGCGAGCAAGCGACGACACUGCAUCGUUUUCAUGGAGAAUUCAGGGUUCCUGUUUAGUUGGUGUGUGCAGUAGCCCCUCAUUGUGCCCUCGGAUGCGACUCAUCCGAUCCUUAGAAGCACGGGCCGUCCUUUUGGCUGCAUAGUAUUCUUUGUCACAUAGAGGUCUAUGUCAUCGACCCGACACUAUCAGCUGUCGGCUUUGAUUCAGUAAAAGUGUGGCGCUGUAAAAUUGCAUAAUUGCUUUUUCAUAACACAUUG